AUGGAUUUGGAAGAUAACGGCCCCCAAAUGUUUCUAGAGACGCAAAAUCCAAGCGAGGUCGAGAUGGAAAAGAACCACACGGAGGAGAUUUUUAGCUUCUUUCCUUUCUUUUCACGUAAAUGCAUCUGUGAUGGAUUGAUUUUUAUCCUCUCUAGUACUUAUUCUUUUCACAGGGGUGUCAUGGUGGAGAUGAAGCGGUGGUUUUCUGACCAGACCAUGAAUGUGGUCGUCAGAAUGGUCGUAGGAAAGAGGUAUUUCGGUGUUGCUACUGACGGCGAUGAGAAGGAGGGGCGGCGAUGCCAGAAGGCGCUGAGGGACUUCUUUUACUUUCUGGGACUAUUUCUGGCGCCCGACGCCAUUCCCUUUUUGCGGUGGUUAGACUUGGGCGGACACGAGAAGGCCAUGAAAGAAACUUUCAAGGAAGCGGAUAAUUUGUUUUCCCGGUGGUUAGACGAACAUCGACAGAGGAGAGAAUCGGGACAGAGUUGUAAGGGGGAUCAAGACUUUAUGGACGUGAUGCUUUCAACUCUGGAAGGGACUGAUCUUGCUGGUUACGAUGCAGACACCAUCAACAAAUCCACAUGCUUGAAUAUCAUUGGCGGGGGAGCCGACACCACUUCCAUAAUGUUGACAUGGGCACUCUCACUCCUGUUGAACAACCGCCACGUGUUAAAGAAGGCACAAGACGAGCUUGAUCUCCACGUUGGCAAGGAAAGACAAGUGGACGAAUCAGAUGUCAACAAACUUUUCUAUCUCCAAGCCAUAGUCAAAGAAACGCUACGCUUAUACCCAGCGGGUCCACUAUCAGGCCCGAGAGAAUUGACAGAAGAUUGCACAAUAAGGGGCUACCAUAUCCCCAAAGGCACGCGGUUGAUUCCAAACUUGUGGAAAAUCCAGAGGGACCCGAUGAAAUGGGCUGAUCCGCUGGUGUUUCGGCCUGAGAGGUUCCUUGUGGCGCAAAAGGAUGUCGAUGUGAAGGGACAACAUUAUGAGCUGAUUCCGUUUGGAGCAGGUAGAAGAGCUUGCCCGGGGAUCGCGUUUGCUCUCCAGAUGUUGCACUUAGUGCUGGCUAGGUUACUCCACGAGUUUGAGCUUUCGACACCAGACGAUGCGCUAGUUGACAUGACCGAGAGCGCUGGAUUAACAAAUGCUAAAGCCACUCCACUUCAAGUUCUUAUUACUCCUCGUUUAGCUCCGACUCUUCAAUAAUAGUUAGAGUAUGAACAGAAUCACAAGAUUAUGUGAGGAAAGUCGCAAUACGGUGAUAUGUAUCUCAUGGAUGGUUGCAUAUUUCUGAUAUUCGUUGCACCUUGAAUAGUUUCUCUGUAAAUUGUACUUUUUUCUAGUAAUUAAGGAGUAUAUUUGGU